UAUCGCACAGUUUAUUAAAAUCGAUAUUUAGACAUUGUUUCAGUUGUGAGAGACCAGUGCUUGAAAUAGGGAAUGAAUACUUGUUAUACAAGUCACCGGGCCCUAAAGCACAUGGUUAAAAGGAUGGAGAGAAUAUACAAAAAAUAAUUAUAUUAAUAUAAUGAAACUUAAUUAGAUAAUAAAAGGUUAUAGUGUGGGUGAUGCUUAUGUGUGUAGUGUACAUGCUGUUGAAGUUUUUACCUUAUAAUAUAAAUAAUUAAUAUCCUGCACUUACAAUGCCAUAUAUAAAUUUUCUUUUGGUUGCUUUAAGUUAAACAAGAGGGUAGCAGUGUCCACACAGAACUAGCCGAUACAUGCAAUAAGAUUGGAAUAAAGCCGAAUCUGUCUGGGAGUUCGAAUGGACAAAACACAAUACAUCCAGGUGAAAUGGCAUGCUCCAGUAAUUUAAGGGGAUCAACGUCUAACCAAUACAGUGAUUUGAAGGGUAACACUAGGAUUCAUACCGGUGAUAAACCUUUUUUAUGCAAAGUGUGUGAUAAGAGUUUUAAAUUCUUAUAUCUUUUAAAGAUACAUAAUAGACUACAUACCGGUGAAAAACCCUAUCCAUGCAAUGUGUGUGGUAAGACUUUCAAUAAUCCUGGUCAUUUGAAGAUACAUUGCAGGAUACACUCCGGUGAAAAACCCUACACAUGCAAUAUGUGUGGUAAGGCUUACCAUCAUCCUAGUGUUUUGAGGAGACAUACAAUAAUACAUGCAGAUGAAAAACCCUACACAUGCAAUGUGUGUGGUAAGGCUUUUCGUGAUCCUAGUAAUUUGAAGAGACAUAAUAGAACACAUACUGGUGAAAAACCCAACAAAUGCAAUGUGUGUGGUAAGGAUUUCCGUUGUAAAAGUCAUUUGAAGAAACAUAAUAGAACACAUACCGGUGAAAAACCCUAUCCAUGCAAUGUGUGUGGUAAAUCUUUCAAUAGUUCUGGUAAUUUGAAAAUACAUUGCAGAAUACACUCUGGUGACAAACCCUAUCCAUGCAAUGUGUGUGGUAAAUCUUUCAAUCGUUCUAGUUAUUUGAAAAUACAUUGCAGAAUACACUCUGGUGAAAAACCUUAUCCGUGCAAUGUGUGUGGUAAAUCUUUCAAUAGUUCUGGUUAUUUGAAAUUACAUUGCAGACUACACUCUGGUGAAAAACCCUACUCAUGCAAUGUAUGUGGUAAGACUUUUACUAAUCGUACUGCUUCCAAGAGACAUAGUGAAACACAUAGUGAUGAAAAACCCUACUCAUGCAAGGUGUGUUGUAAGACUUUUAAAAAUUGUAGUUCUUUCAAGAGACAUUGUCGAAGACAUAGCAAUGAAAAACCCUACUCAUGCAAUGUAUGUGGUUAAUGCUACCAUAUAUCUAAAGAUUUUAACACUCACACAAGGACGCAUACUCUUAAAAACCCUUAUUCAUGCAAUAUUUGUGGUGAGGAUUUUCAUUACUCUGCUGAUUUGAAGAAACAUAAUAGAGUACACACCUGUGAAAAACCCUUCACAUGCAAUGUGUGCGGUAAGGCUUUCCGUAAUUCUAGAACUUUGAAGAGACACAAUAUUAUACAUACAAAUGAAUAACCCUACUCAU